AUGAGGCGGUCCAGAUUCACCGGUCGAUCCAAACCCAACGGUGCAGAAUUCGACUGGUACUUCGCUGGCGAGCCAAUGGACAAGAGACACUCUCGAAGCGGGCGAAUCAGGCUAGUCCGUUAUGGACCUGAGAUUGAAACUUGUGCCCACAGUCGAUGCCCAUCCCCAUCUCCCAUUCCAGAAAGGACAUCUUGCUCCUGCGGCAAUACAUGCGAGCUUCACUCCCACGGGACACGCUCCCCAUCCCCGAGCAACACCGACUCCUCUGGUUGUGAGUCAGUCAAAGUAUGCUGCGGAGGAUGCCAUGCUAUCAGACGCGGGCCCGGGUCCUCUCCGCAAGUGGAGAAGGUGAUGUGCUCCUGCAGCAAUCGAUGUGAAUGUCACUCGCGCGAAACACGCCCGAUCACGCCAAGCAGCAGUGAGUAUUCUAGCUCUGAAUCAGCCACACAGCACUAUGGUAGCCGUCACUCCACAAGACGCGAGCGUUAUUCCAACGACACACGUCCCACCACGCCGAACAGCAGUGAUCUUUCAGACUACGAACCGCCCAGCAGACGCCGCAGCGGUCACCGCAUCUCAAAACGCGAACCGGAGCACCAUCCGCAGGCGGAGACAUGCCAAUGCGAGGCCCACGCACCCCCUCCCAGCACACCUGCCAUAUCAGGCCAGAGAUACAACUCCCCGCGUGCGUCGUUCGCGACAACACCACGCUCCGGCCCGGUAGUCCAACGCCACCACUGUCGCAAAGCGUCUUAUUGCGAAAGCCACCCGGAGUCCUGCCGAGCUUCGAUUCCUGCGCCUUCGCCGGUGCCGAGAUCAACGCCAACCCCGACGCGCUCUCCCCGGUCGAGUGAAAAGCUUCGUCGCAGCUCGCGGGUCAAAUCAGAGCCGAAAUGCACUUGCACUCGGCCUGCUUCACCUCCCAAGCAGGUGCCUCCCCCAAAGCCAGUGUCUUCCUCCAAGCCUACGUCUCCCAGGCCUGAUGUCCAGCAUUGUAGCUGUUUCUACAUGAAUGGGUACCAUGCUGAUGACUCUGGCUAUUAUGCUGCUUACGAUGACACUGCUUCUGAGACGUCUAUUCAAGCCAUGCCUGACCAUGACAGGGAUGUGGACGAGACACGUUGUGCCUUUUAUCACCGCUGUCGCCCGAAGUUUGAGUGUGGGCUUGGCUGGGUGUGCGGGAGGAAGUGA